CGGACUGAUGAUGGAAGUCCAGAGCGCACAGCAAGGAAAGACGAGCGCACAGCAGAGAAGAGAGCGCGUCAUACACCUCUGGAUCCCCAACAUGCCCACGAAGAAGGACAACCGUCCCGAAGAGACAUGACAUGCGCCAUCGGAGGGCGCAUGACGCCCGUCAUCCCAAUGACAGAAGCGGCAUCGCGAAUGUGACCCUCGCUGUGCUAGAAGCCUGCAGCGUGGUAAUCUCACGAAUUUGGACUGCUGGCGCGGUCAGCUGCGGGGGCGGGGUACCACGUCCUUACUUCUUCAGGCAUUUUGUUGUGUUCGGGGGAUGUUGUGGACUUCGGAGCAGGGGAUUACCGUGUCCGCAGGGCCGAUGUCAUCCCCCUUGCUCGAGUCCAGACGUAAAUCAUCUCAUCGAAGGCGAAUGCCGUAGUCAAUUCAGCCAUGAUCACUGAGCAUGACCUACGCGCACCGCUAGCACGAGGCGCGCAACUCUGUCGUCGAAUCGCGAGGCCCGGGGCGGUGAGGCGGGGGGCGCGGUGCUUGGGCGGUGCGUGUGGGGGCCGCGUCGCACAGCCUUGCAGGUACACCGAGACACAGCCUCGCGCGACACCGAGCGUCGAGGUUACGACCGGAGCGCACGUUUCGUCAUCGGGCGCGCUACGGUGGUGGCAGCGACGGCGCUGCCCGCCGUCGGGGGGCGCGCCUGCCUUGUUCGUCUUCGGAUCAUGACGUGCGAUACAUGAUCCCCCCACACAGGUCG